GUUUGCUUCAAAUUUCAUCAUAGACCAAUAAGAAAAUAAUAACUAACAAUAAUAGUUGUAAUCAGAAUCAUCCUCCUCACCAAUAAACAAUAAUAAUCAUCACAAAAACCUUCUUAAGAACCCUCCACCACUUCUCUUCUCUUCUGAACAUAAAAGCCAAGCACAUACACAAAUUCAUUAAAAAAAAAAAAAAAAAACAGGAGAAAUUGAAACAGAAGCAAAGAAAAUGAGCACAGCAAGAUUCAUUAAGUGUGUGACUGUCGGAGAUGGAGCAGUAGGAAAGACUUGUAUGCUAAUUUCAUAUACCAGCAAUACUUUUCCUACGGAUUAUGUUCCAACAGUUUUCGACAAUUUCAGCGCAAAUGUGGUGGUCGACGGGAGUACCGUGAACCUCGGUCUGUGGGAUACUGCCGGGCAGGAAGAUUAUAAUAGACUUAGGCCUUUGAGUUACAGAGGAGCAGAUGUGUUUUUAUUAGCAUUUUCCCUUAUUAGCAAGGCCAGUUACGAGAAUAUUCACAAAAAGUGGCUUCCGGAGCUGAAACAUUAUGCGCCUAGCAUCCCCAUUGUGCUCGUCGGUACAAAAUUAGAUUUGAGGGAUGAUAAGCAGUUCUUGAAGGAUCAUCCUGGAUCAGUAUCUAUAACAACUGCUCAGGGAGAAGAAUUAAGGAAGAUGAUUGGAGCCGUAAGGUACUUAGAGUGCAGCUCCAAAACCCAACAGAAUGUGAAGGCAGUGUUUGAUACAGCGAUAAGGGUAGCUUUGAGGCCACCUAAGGCAAAGAAUAAGAUAAAACCAUUGAAGACUAAGAGAUCAAGAUUAUGCUUUUUCCUCUAAUAUUUGAACAAAUUUAAAUAAAUAAAAAAAACAUUUACAUAUACAUGUAUUUCGAUAUUUUUUUUUGUUUUGUUUUAUGUUGUACUUGAAAUAGUGGACUUUUCUUAGUCAUCAAAAAUUUUCCACCAUA